AAAAAUAUAAAAAUGCAAUUUAUAAAAUGUGUUGUAGUUGGUGAUGGUGCUGUUGGAAAAACAUGCCUAUUAAUUAGUUAUACAACAAAUUCAUUUCCUGGUGAAUAUAUACCAACUGUAUUUGACAAUUAUUCUACAAAUGUUAUGGUUGAUGGUAAGCCAAUUAGUCUUGGCUUAUGGGAUACAGCUGGUCAAGAGGAUUACGAUCGUUUAAGACCAUUAUCAUAUCCACAAACCGAUGUAUUUUUAAUAUGCUUUUCAUUAGAUAAUCCAGCUUCAUUUGAAAAUGUAAGAGCGAAAUGGUUUCCAGAAAUACGUCAUCAUAAACCGAAUACACCAAUUAUAUUAGUUGGUACAAAAUUAGAUUUGAGAGAUAAUAAAGAUGUUAUAGAAAAAUUACGUGUAAAAAAAUUAUCUCCAGUAGCUUAUCCACAAGGUUUGGGAAUGGCAAAAGAUAUCGGUGCUGUUAAAUAUUUAGAAUGUUCAGCUUUAACACAAAAAGGUCUUAAAACAGUUUUUGAUGAGGCGAUCAGAUCAGUUUUAUGUCCUACAAUGAAUAAGAAAACUAAAAAAAAUAAAUGCACUUUAUUUUAA